CCGCGGCUUGAAGCGGCUGGGGCAGCGGCGGCGUCUGAGUAGCGCGCGGGGCGUAGGGUGGUGCUGAGGGCCAAGGCGAGGGGCGAGCUUGCCGCCGGGGACUAUCCAGGGAGGCGCAGCGCGGAGGGCACCCCGCACCCGAGCAGCCCGGGAGCACCAGCAGCCCCUGCCGACGUCGCCCGCGGAGCCCAGGCGAACCAGCCAUGGCGUUAUCGGUGCCGUUGAACGGAUUGAAAGAGGACAAAGAGCCCAUCAUCGAGCUCUUCGUCAAGGCUGGGAGUGAUGGUGAAAGCAUCGGAAACUGCCCCUUUUCGCAGAGACUCUUCAUGAUUCUUUGGCUCAAAGGAGUUGUAUUUAGUGUCACAACUGUUGACCUGAAAAGGAAGCCUGCUGACUUGCAGAACUUGGCUCCUGGGACCCACCCACCGUUUAUAACUUUUAACAAUGAAGUCAAGACGGAUGUAAAUAAGAUUGAAGAAUUUCUUGAAGAAGUCUUAUGUCCUCCCAAGUACUUAAAACUUUCACCAAAACACCCAGAGUCAAAUACUGCUGGAAUGGAUAUCUUUGCCAAAUUCUCUGCAUAUAUCAAGAAUUCAAGGCCAGAAGCUAAUGAAGCAUUGGAAAGGGGUCUCUUGAAAACACUCCAGAAACUGGAUGAAUAUCUGAAUUCUCCCCUUCCUGAUGAAAUUGAUGAGAACAGCAUGGAAGACAUAAAGUUUUCUACACGUAAAUUUCUGGAUGGCAAUGAAAUGACAUUAGCUGAUUGCAACCUGCUGCCCAAACUGCACAUUGUCAAGGUGGUGACCAAAAAAUACCGCAACUUUGAUAUUCCAAAAGGAAUGACUGGCAUCUGGAGAUACUUAACUAAUGCUUAUAGUAGGGAUGAGUUCACCAAUACCUGUCCCAGUGAUAAGGAGGUUGAAAUAGCAUAUAGUGAUGUAGCCAAAAGACUUACCAAGUAAAACAGCAUUUUACCAAGUAAAACAGCAUUUGUGAGAGAGAUGUCUUCUCAUCUUCCCUUAAGAAAAUGCUUUUCCUAACAGACUGCUUCUCUUCCUAUAAAGUAGAAAUUUCAUUUUGCAUGAACAUGCAGUUAUUUCAUGAUUAAGAUAAAGGAUAGACAAAGUAUAGUAGCCAUCUUUAAAUAUACACUCCUAAGCAGUAUUAUUUAAACAGUUUUCACCCUAACUACCUGACCUGUCCACCUGACCUGGCCUGCUCUCCUCUGGUUUGGAGACACUCCAUCACAGACUUUACAUGGUAGAUGUAGCUCGCUGUCUCUCUGGAGCUCUCACUACUGUGUCCUGAAUAUUCACUGUGUAUAGAUGGCAGAACUGUUGAGGUGCAAUGUUUAACUGUAAACUGUUAAAAUAGUGCCCAUGACCUUGUCAGUCAGCCCCAAACAGGUGCAUAAUGCAUGGUACAAAGACUAUUUAUGUAUUUUUGGAUUUUUAUACUAUUUACUAAUUGUAUGGGAAAGGAUUGCUACUGUAUCAAAACAUUGUUUCAAGUUUGUCUAUCCUGCAUAUGUCCUAAAGGAAGUCACUACCAGAGAAGAGAACCUUCUACAGACAGUCACUAUAGAGUCUGCAUUCUCACUUUGUACAUGGAUUUUUUACUUUUGCCUGAAAGCAUUUAUCCUUCAUACUAGUCAUAACAUCUGGCACUAUGUAGAAGCUGAAAGCUUAAAGGAAGGAGUGAUAUUCUCAAGCAUUUAUCUGUAUAAGAAGUCAAUGGGCACUUGACAUGCUCUGUCUAAAUGUGUUGUUUUGUUAUAUGUAUUUUGCCCAGUGCCAUUCAUCUGGAACAUAAUUGCUUUAUUUUGAAAAAGCUACUUUUACGUAAGCAUUGACUUUACUCUUUGCAGAUUUCUUGAUGAACACUACAUAUGCUGAUAUUUAGUUGACAUAGCUGUAACAGUAUAAUAAUUAGUAGUGUAAAAAUUAACACAGUAAUUAACCCAAGGAAGGUAAUGUGGGUUUUUCAAGAUAUCGGGUAGACUUCUGUUUCUUAAGCCAGUUUCUUAAGUCAAUUUAUUGGAUAAUCCAAAGGAUGCAAAUCCAUCUUAGCAUGGAAACAUCACAAAUAAACAGAUAAUUAGCUUGCCCAUCUUGACCUGAUUCACUAUUAGGCCUUUAGUAGAGGACUGCUUAUUCUAUUUGGACUAAAUUAUAGUUGUUAUGAUGAUUAGAUACUUAGGGUUUUGCCUAAUCUCAGUCACGUACUUCCUUCAGUUAAGUUUGUUGCCACACUGAGGAAUAAAUAGUACUCUGCAUGUUUGUUUUUAAAUUGAAGUCCUAAACCAGGAAUUAUCUGUAUUCUAACAAGGUAGGACGAACUUGGUGAAAAUAAGAGUUUGCUAUAUAUUUAUUAAUUUUGUUUUAAAUGGAUUUUCUAAAUAAUACUCCAGAGACUGUGACUGUGUCUAUGACACAUCUUUGGUAAUUUUAUAUACCUAACAUGUUUUUAAGAAGUUCUCAUUAACUGGAUUUUGAAUUUUAAAUAUAUUGCUUUAAAAUAGUAAAAUUUUCCCUCUUUGAUGUCCUACCACUUAGUAAGCACUGGCUUUAUGAAAGCAGCAGUCUGCUUUCUCUCUCUCUCUCUCUCUCUCUCUCUCUCCCUUUCUCUCUCUCUCUCUCUCUCUCUCUCUCUCUCUCUCUCUCUCUCUCUCUCCUUUAACCUAUCUGCAAUUAUCUGGAUCUUAGAAAGACAAGCAAAGCUCAACAUUGUAUCCAUUUGGCUCAGGGAGAUUUCUUUGCCCUACUUUCUUAUAACUCCUUACUGCUUAUCAAAAGUUUGGGCCCUUACUUUUUUGUAAUUGAAUACUGGAUGAUGACUUAUCUGUUUCCAGGAAGAAGCAUGAUCAGGUUAUCUAUUGAGAAAUCUUAUAGUAAUAGCUUCAGUUAGUAAAAAUGUCACAUCUACACCAGUAACAUAGACAACCAUGUUACAUUUCACCUGCCUUUAAAAUGAUGGCAGUGUGGCAUGCAGAAGUUACUGAACCUUGCCUCAGAGUAUGAACAGAGUAUGUUUAUAAGUACGAAGAAAAUUCGAAAGAAGUGAAUAGUGGACUGAGUGGUGCAAAAUAGAGGGCUAGUGAGGAAAGCUCCGUUCCUCAAGAUAAAGUGAUGAAAUAUAGUCUGAAAACUCAUUGUAAACUAUUUCCCUUUGGAUGUUUAUUUUCUAUAUUGUUUUAAAAAUUACUACAUGACUACAUAUGGUUAUCUCCAUGGAUAUCCAAAAAGGGCAGUUUAUCAGUUAUUAUUUUGACAAAAGCAGAGCUAUUUUUCUUUGUGGAAAGUCACAUUACCAGGGAAUUCAAUCAGAUGAAUUAGAGAUUGGCAAGUGGACAGAUGCUAGUAAAAGGAACACACAAUGUGUGUUCUAGAACACACAUUACCCCACCUUACAUUUGUGGGAAGACCAUACAUAGCUUAAUAUCUUGGAAGACUUGGGGCAUAAAAAAAUUUAAGGCAGUUUAUAUAGUGUUAUGCCUAAUCUCAGUCAUUUGCAUGUUGAUGGGAUUGAUAUAAUGGAAGUCAUCUAAUAGUAUUUCUACAACUACUGAAUCAUUUACCCCACCCUCUGAUUCCACUUGAAUAAGACUGGGGUCUGGAUGGAAGCUCUCACUAGUUUCUAAGGGGUUUUGAGAAAUUUUUGUAUUACCAGUUGGAAAACUCUACUACUAUUUUGAGUUAGUAUUAAAACUUUUUUUUUUAAUAUAGACACAGAUUUUCUGUACAUUCUGUCAUCUUACCAAAUGAUUGUUUAAUUUAGUGGCAAAAUUCAUAUAAGAUUUUAUUUCUUGGAAACUUUGACAUAGUAUAUCUUAAACAUUUGAGCAAUCUGUAUACAGUUUAGAUAUCUGAUGUUUAUACAAUUUAGAUUUCUGACAUUUAUGCUUACACUACAUUGAUUGACUUUAGAAUUUAGGAAUGUUUACUCUGUUGAGUUUUGAAUCUCUUCAGAGUUGCAUGUUGAUAGCUUUUAUUUCUGUGCAUUUAAAGUAUCCAUUUAAAAAUAACAAAGUAAAAAUUGAGCAGAAAUGGAAAUGUAUUUUUUCAUGAACAUUUUGAUACACAUUUCAUCAAGUUUGAUUAACCAAUGUCUUACACUGGCUCUAAUUAUCAUUUAAAGAGAGAGAAGCAUUCAUUACUAUGUGGUCUUUUUACAUGCCUUGCUUUAUACAUGAUCAAAGUUGGGACCAUCAGAAUUACAUUUUUAUCCUGGAAAAGUAUUUUGACUCAAGUCAUAAUGUUGAACAGGUUUGGAGUAUUUAGAAUUAUUUGAAAAGGCAAAUGGAAGCUUGUUAUAGAAUGCUUGUAUUUUCUUUUCUCUCUCUGGACCUGGUUUAUUGCUGGCAGCUAUUGUAUUAAAAAUAAAGUAUAUUUUCACUAUCAUAGAAGGUUCAUAUUUACUCCCUCAAAAAUAAACAGCAGCUUGGAUACUC